AUGUAUUUCUUUUUUUUUCUCCUCUCACUUAAUUCACUCUUUCUCUCACUUCCUGUUUUCUCUCUUCUUUCAGUCUGUCAUGAUUUCUCUCCCUUCCUUGAUCACAUCAACAAGAAUUCUGCCUUUACAGCAAAAGCAAGAGCCAAUGCAGCAAAACAUGUUUCCAGCCGGUUUCAGCGUCCUGAACAGUUGGAAAAGGUGGACCAGUAUAAAAGACGUGUUGCUCGAAAGAAGGCUUCUGUGGAGGCAAUGCUGAAAACUGCUGUUCAGUCUCAGUUGGAUGGAGUGAGAACAGGACUUCACCAACUCCAGUCUGCUCUCCAGAACGUCUAUGAGAUCAAGAAGAGCAUGGAUGAAAUUGAUGAAUCAUAUAAGUCUAUAACUUCUCUUGAAGAAAAACUGAAACGUGUGCGUGAGGAGAACUCAAACUUUUGCCAGCUUGCAGCAGCAGUGGAAAAUCUGAAGCACAUCUUUCAAGUUCCUGAAAGUGUAAGGAAAACACAGGAAUUAAUUAAUGACGGAAAAUUGUUGCAGGCACACAAACAUUUGAUGGAUUUGGAAAUGGCCAGAGAUGAUCUCUUAAUGGAGCUUCAUCGGCAACCACAACAAAGUCCCACAGAUAAAAAUACUUUGAAACAUUAUUUUGCAGAUGUUGAAAAGCUCUCUGAAGCUAUGGGAAAGCAGCUUUGGCUUAUUCUACAACGAGCUUUGAUAUCUGUGAGACAAGAACCAACUAUUAUUGUCACAGUCAUCCGAAUUAUUGAACGUGAAGAGAGGAUAGACGUAGCUGCUUUGAAAAAACAUGAACAAUUUGGAUUCCUUCCACCUGGACGUCCUAAACAAUGGCGGAAAAAGGCAUUUGAAGUUUUAGAAGAAGCAAUUGCUGCCAGAAUUGAAGGCAAUCAGCUUGAAGAUAGAACUGAUAACAAAAUGUGGUUGGUACGCCAUCUUGAAAUUACUCGAAAAUUUAUGAUUGAAGAUUUUAAAGUUGUCAAGACUCUUUUCCCACCAAUAUUUCCUCCGGACUAUGAUAUUGUGAAACUCUAUGUUAGAAUGUACCACCGAUGCUUGUCAGCACAUUUGAAAGAUCUUAUCCAACAACAACUUGAAGGAAAUGAAAUCAUUACUCUGCUUAUAUGGCUCAAUAGUUAUGACUCACCAGAACUGAUGAAGGACCCAGAACUUAACUUUGAUACCAAAGACCUUGGUCCACUUCUGGAGAAUAAUGUAGUAGAAAUGUUACAAGAUGAAUUCUUGAAAAACAAGAGAAAAGACAUUAUUGAAUGGACUCAUAAUGCCUUGAAAAGUGAUGAAAAGGACUGGUAUAAAGAAAAACUUCCUGAUAAAGACAAAGACCAGUAUUACAACACACCUUUGGCACUUAUAAUAAUUGAUAUGGUUGAUCAAAAUUUAAAAGUAGCUGAAAUUGUCAGUGCAGAUCUUGUCAAAAAAGUCCUUCAAUUGUUUGUGGAAAAUCUUAGUGGCUUUGCAAAUGAAUAUAAAUUUGAAAUGAAGGUCUACAAGGAAAAACAUCUUGGCAAUCGCAGGGAAUCCAUUUAUUUUCCUCAGUACAUGAUUUGUCAUGUGAACAACUGUCUAGCAUUUGCUGAUUAUGUUAAACGGCUUCGUAAACUGUUCCUCGAGUUGGAAGGUCAAGAACAGGUGAAAGGAGAAGAGGAAGAGGAAGAUGCCAUCAUGAUCCGCAAAGAUCAGUUCUUUCAACUUGCAGACAAAUUCAUUGAUGUGGGAGAAUUUGGAUUGGAUGUUUUGGUGGAAGUUGUGUUGUUAGACUUGCGUACCAGUGGCCAUUUGGAUUCCCUUAUAUCCAAGCAGUGGUUGACUGGUGAUGAAGUAGUAAACACAAUUUGUGUUACUCUCGAAGACUACAACAAUGACUUCCAGCAUCUUCGACCUAAAGCUUAUGACAAAGUUAUUGAGAAAGCUGAACAAAAGGUUUUACAGGAAUAUUUAAAGUCAAUCCUACAACGGAAAAUCUCCUUCAAGAAUUAUGAAGAGAGAAAAGCAGCUGCUGAAAAGAUUUGCAAAGAAGCGGAACAAUUAGAAAACCUGUUUAGUAAAUUGACAACAACCAAAUCAAAGGAUUCAUUUGCUGUCUUAACCAUGUUGGCUGAGGUAAUACGUCUCCGGGACACAUCUAUGAUGUCUCUAGAAAUUACAGGUUUGGCAAAAAAAUUUCCAGACAUGCGCCGUGAUCAGUUGAUCAAUUUGUUGCUUUCCCGUGGAGAUUUGUCUCGAUCAGAAGCUCAACAGUUGGUACGAGACACAUUAGGAGAUGAACAAUUGCGUCCAAGAGAGAAAGGAGUCUUCUCAGAUAUUCUAAACUAA